CUCCAAACCCUAGUAAUCAGAAAUCUCUACAGUUUCCAUCUUAUCUUCACUAAUGGCUCGUACUAAGCAAACCGCUCGGAAAUCCACCGGAGGAAAAGCCCCAAGGAAGCAAUUAGCAACAAAAGCAGCGCGAAAAUCAGCACCAGCAACUGGAGGUGUGAAGAAACCUCACAGAUUCAGGCCAGGAACAGUUGCUCUUCGUGAAAUCAGGAAAUACCAAAAGAGUACUGAACUUCUGAUCCGUAAACUACCAUUUCAACGAUUAGUUCGUGAGAUCGCUCAAGAUUUUAAAACUGAUUUGAGGUUUCAGAGUUCAGCAGUUGCAGCUCUACAAGAAGCAGCAGAAGCUUAUCUUGUUGGUUUGUUUGAAGAUACUAAUCUCUGUGCGAUUCAUGCUAAAAGGGUUACUAUUAUGCCUAAAGAUAUUCAACUUGCCAGGAGAAUCAGAGGUGAACGUGCUUAAACAGUCUUAAUGAGAGGAGAAUCUGUGUGAAUGUGUUUUAGAUUUUAGAGUUUAUGGAUGAUUAGAUCUGUCUGUCUUUUGAUUUUUGGAUGUCACAACCGUCUGUGUUCUGAUUUGAUUGAUCUAAACGCAAUAUAUUCACCGUAUUAUCUCUUUAA